GGGCUCCUACGGAAAUGUCGCUGCGCGCUGAGCGGAUCGCGCCGAUGUCCCGCGCGGGCGUUGCGUAACUCUUUGCGUAACCGGACCGCACGCACCUGGCGGGGGUUCCGCGCCUCCCGCACAGCCGCCCCGCCUCACCUCGCCCUGCGGUUCGGGGUUCCGAGAGCGGCGAGGCCGCCCGGAGGCGGUAUGGCCUCGGGCAAAGCGGCGGGGGAGCGGCGCUGGGAGCUGGUGCGCUGGUACGUGAGGGAGGGACGGUUCCGCAUCGAGGAGAGGACGCUGACAGCCUUCCAGUGGCUGUACUCUCCCCAGCAGCAUCGCAUCGUCAGCCGCGCUGACCUGGGCUCACCCAGCAGGAUUGACAAGACGAUGCUGGCCAGCCUGAAGAUGAAGAAGCAGGAGCUGCUGAGCAGCACGGAUGUGACCCUCCCGGAGCGGCCGCUUUCCCCCCCGCUCACUGCCCCCCCCACCAUGAAGUCUGCAGAAUUCUUCGAGAUGUUGGAGAAAAUGCAGGCACCAAAACUUGAAGAUCAGAAAGCUGGAAGCCAAAAACAUAAGGAGGACUACAUUCCAUACCCCAGCAUUGAUGAGAUCCUGGAGAAGGGCAGCCCAUACCCGCUGGUCAUCCUACCCCAGUUUGGGGGGUACUGGAUUGAGGACCCAGAGAACCUCGGCACACCCACCUCAUCCGACAGCAGUGUCUGCGAGGAGGAGGAGGAGAAUUUCAGCCCCAGCCCCUACGGGUACAAGCUGGAGUGCAAAGGAGAGGCCAGAGCCUACAGGAAGCACUUUCUGGGGAAGGACCACUUAAACUUUUACUGCACGGCCAGCAGCCUGGGAAACCUGAUCCUGUCCAUUAAGUGUGAGGAGGUGGAUGGCACCGAAUAUUUAAGGAUUAUACUCAGGUCCAAAGUGAAGACAUUGCAUGAAAGGAUUCCUCUGUCAGGAUUUAGCAAGCUGCCCAGCAUUCCACAGAUUGCGAAGGCCUUCUGUGAUGAUGCCUCUGGACUGAAGUUCAAUCCAGUUCUGUAUCCCAAGGCCUCCCAGAUGAUAGUGGCUUAUGAUGAGCACGAGGUCAACAACACAUUCAAGUUUGGUGUCAUCUACCAGAAGUUCAGGCAGACCCAGGAGGAAGAGCUGUUUGGCAACAACGAGGAGAGUGCUGCCUUCAGGAACUUCUUAAAUUUGCUGGGAGACACCAUAACACUGCAGGACUUUAAAGGUUUCCGAGGAGGCCUGGAUGUCAGCCAUGGGCAGACGGGGGUUGAGUCCGUGUACACCACGUUCCGGGACAGGGAGAUCAUGUUCCAUGUCUCCACCAAGCUGCCUUUCACGGAAGGGGACAUGCAGCAGCUGCAGAGGAAGAGACACAUUGGCAAUGACAUAGUGGCAAUUAUCUUUCAAGAAGAGAACACGCCAUUCGUCCCAGACAUGAUUGCCUCCAAUUUCUUGCACGCCUACAUUGUGGUGCAGGUGGAGAACCCCGAUGCAGACACCGCAUCCUACAAGGUGUCUGUCACAGCCCGGGAAGACGUCCCCUCCUUUGGCCCACCACUGCCGAGCCCGCCGGUGUUUCAGAAGAGCCCUGAGUUCCGGGAGUUCCUGCUCACCAAGCUCAUCAAUGCUGAGAAUGCCUGCUGCAAGUCCGACAAGUUUGCAAAGCUGGAGGACCGGACACGUGCUGCCCUGCUGGACAACCUCCAUGAUGAGCUCCACGGGCACACACAGACCAUGCUGGGGCUGGGGCCCGAGGAGGACAAGCUGGAGAAUGGAGGGCAUGGGGGCUUCCUGGAGUCUUUCAAGAGAGCCAUCCGCGUGCGCAGCCACUCCAUGGAGACGAUGGUGGGCAGCCAGAGGAAGCAGCAUGGUGGCGGCAUCCCGGGCAGCCUGAGCGGGGGCAUCACGCACAACAGCGGCGAGGUGACCAAGACCACCUUCUCGCCCCCUGUCUCGGCAGCCGCAGCCAAGAACCAGUCGAGGAGUCCCAUCAAGCGCCGCUCAGGGCUGUUCCCACGCCUGCACACGGGGUCAGAGAGCCAGGCAGACAGCAGGGCACGAUGUGACAGUAGUUCUGGAGCACAGAAGACACCAGAUGUUGGACAUUCAUCCCAGGACAUGAAAUCUGAGACCUCAUCCAACCCCAGCUCCCCUGAAAUAUGCCCCAACAAAGACAGGCCCUUCGUCAAGCUGAAGGAGAACGGCCGGUCCAACAUCUCGCGCUCCUCCUCGAGCACCAGCAGCUUCAGCAGCACGGCAGGGGAGAGCGAGACACUGGAGGAGUAUGAAAGUGUGGGCAGCCAGCCAUCCACCGCAUCGCCCUUCAAGCAGGAUGUGUUCAUCUACAGCGCAUCACCCAGCAGUGAUAGCCCGAGCAUGGGGGCUGCAGCCACCCCAGUCAUCAUGAGCCGGAGCCCCACAGCAGAUAUAAAGAACAGAAACUCCCCGAGGUCAAACCUGAAGUUCCGCUUCGAUAAGCUCAGCCACGGCAGCUCCAGCACGAGUCACUAGCAGGAAAAAAGGAAGUCAAGAACUUCUCAGCGAGAUUUUUUGUUUCAACAAAGGGAAAACUUCACCAACCUGUGGGAAUGCGCACACCUCACAUGCCAGCACGGUGCCCUCCCUGCUGCAGCCAACCCUGUGCCCACCAGAGGACAUCACCUCCUCCCGACCCCAGCAAUCCCAGCCCUCCCAGUGCUCCCCAGUGGGUGUGGAGCUGGGUGAGCACUGGAGAGGUUUGCAGUGUCCCUCCCAUGCUUGCACCAUCCUUGCACACACUCCUGUAGGUAUUUUUCCCGUUAGCAGGCACAGGCAGGUCUGGUUCUCCAGUUCUGGAGCUGGAGUGGCAGUGGUGUUGGACUGGGGCUCAGGCACUGCCCCUACUGACUCCACCGCCAGCUCUUAGGAUGCAAAACACCUGGGGCCAUGCAGCCCUGUGCCCCCGUUGGGUGCUGGCACAGAUGGCAUCAGGCCAUCUGCACUCUCUGUGUGUUUUCAGUACUUCUUCCCUGCCCAGAACUCCAGCGUGGGCUUGGGACAGACAGACCAAAUCCAAAGCUGCAGUGUAACUGAAUCCUGAACUGAUGCUAGGAGCACUCUGAGCCUGUGGGGUCUGCCUCGUCCUGGGGCUGCUCCAUCCGCUGGUGGCUGGGAUGGCAUUGGGCACCCUUUGCAGCAUCAGCCCCUGCCUCUGAGUGCGCUUUGGAAGAGGGCAGUUAUGGCUCUGCAAGGUGACCUCUCUGUGCCACCCUGCAGAAGAUUUCUCUGACCACACAGAAAUCCCUCUGCCCUUAGAGAGCUUUGUCUAAGGUUCGCUGAAGCCUGUCCACUAUGUUCAGGGUGUGAUUUCCCCCAUCCACUUCUGCCGCAUUGCAUCUCAUCACAAUCCAUCACCUUUGCAAAAACAAUCUCCAGAAGUGAUGUUCUUCAUUUAAAUGGAAACUGGUUUUGAGUUCGUGAUUCCUAAUGACACACAGCUGGGAGUGUCAAAGCCGUCUGUGCGCGGCUGCAGCUGCCGGGAGGACCCUGGUGGUGCUGCGUGGUGCUGCUCACCCCAGUGUGUGCCCCGUCUGAAGGAAGGGCUGCGGUCCCUCACAGGCGCUGAGUGCUCCUUCCUGAUGUCCGUGAAUUGCUUUUAAACCACAUUUAAAUCUCGAACCGCUCUUUGCUGGAGACGGUCCCCCUCGCUUUGCUACACUCCGGGAGCACCGAAUCCCUGCCCGUCCACGGAGCGCUGUGCUGCAGGGUGGCUGUGCUGCUGGCUGGCUGCAUGCCUGAGGCUCAGUGCCUUUCCCAAGGAGUUGUGUAGUUCUGUGGUGUCGUUUGCGUGCCUGUUGAUCUCCAUGAGAUCUUUCAACAGAAGAUGCAGUGGCUGCUCUCGUCUGGGCUUUUGUUUUUGGGUCGUCGUUUUGUUUCUGUUAUUACUUGAAGCUGUGAGGUUCCUUCUGACCCGUAUUGCUGUUGUCGGAGGGCUCUGGGAGGGCUGCAGCUCCAGAGCUGAAGCGAUACGUGGGGUGUCAUGGGCUGCAUGACACUCUGCCUGGUGUGACCGUUCGGAGCGCGGCCAUGUUGUGUCCUCCAGCGGUGGGUGAGGGCGUUCCUGCAUAUAUAUUGCAAAACGUUUUGUGCUUCUACGUGACACACGCACACAUAUACACACCUAUAUACAAAUGGAAGUGUUUUUUCUUUUUUUUUUCCCUGGUUAAAAAGGGACCGUGCCAAGCACAAACUCAGUUUCUUUCUGGAGUUUUGGGUUCUUUGGUGAUGGCAGAUGCAGGGCCGGGAUGUUUCCUUGGCACUGCUGGGAGCAUUAACCCCAGUGGAGGCCAUGACCCUGGGGUUCCUCAGCUGCCGCUGCUGCAGGGGCAGUUGGUGCUGGGGUGGCACAUUGCACUGCCUGGGCCAUGUGCAGCUGGGAUGUGCUCACCUCGGAACCUUAGAGCAUGCUUCAUUGUUUGAAUGAAUGUAGCACUGCGUAUAUCCUGCAAAGGAAAAUGCUGGAUUUAUAUAAUUAGAAUGUGAAGAGAGUUUAUAGAGUAAAAAAAGAUCUUGAAUAAAAAUGUAUCUGACAGAAGUUUAUUUUUUAUGUGGAGAGGCGGUGCUUUGUAGUUCCUGGUGGCCUAUGUCUGUUGUAAAUAGUGUACAUUUAAUUUAUUACUAUGGUAGCAGACUGUAUUUGUUAUGUAUAAAACUAAAGGUUCACAAAUGUAUAUUUUGUUGCUUAAAUGUGUCUUUGCAAAAUUCACAAUAAAUAACAUAUUUUGUGUCCA